GAGAGAGAUCAUAUAAACCAAGCAAAAGUAGGAGGAAAAAGGAUAAAUAUGGCAAACAGGCAAGAAGAAGUAGUAUACUCAAGGCUGAGAUUAGGUCAUACUAGAUUGAAUGAUACAUUGUAGACAAUAGGGAAGAGUAAUGGAUUAUGUAAUGGAGAUGUCAAACCAAGGAAGAUGUAGAACAUUUCUUGUUUAGAUGCAAUUAAUACCACAAAAACAGGCAGAAAUGGCAGGAAAUGUAAGAAAAUAAAAUUGAAGAUAUUCUUGGAGAGCAAGGGAUGGAAAGAAAAAGACUCGAGGCUUUGUUUAUAUUCCUCGAAAAUACUGGAUCCCCCCACCCCCCAAAUGAUGUUUGUUAAAGAGGAGAGUGAGGAGGACAUGAGUGAACCAGAACCCGGGAGAACAAAACACGAGGAACCAGAACCCUGGAGAAUAAAACACAAGAAACAUGGAGGCCUGAAGAACGUGAACGAGGAAAGACACGAUCUGAAUGAGGUGGAGGAGAAAUAUCAGUGUCAGAAAGGUCAUAAUGUCACUGCUGGAGAAAAAUCAGUGAGUUGUAGCAUUCAAAAAACAGAAGUCAAAAAGCCUUUCAGCUGCUCUGAGUGUGGAAACACUUACAAACAGAAAGAAGGCCUUAAGAAACAUAUGAGAAUUCAUAGUGGGGAAAAGCUUUUUACCUGCUCUCAGUGCGGAAACACUUUCACGUGUAACGAAAACCUUAAGAAUCACAUGUUAAAUCAUGCUGGAAUAAAGCCUUUUAUCUGCUUUCAGUGUGGAAAGAGUUUUACACAGAAAAGGCAACUUAAGGAUCAUAUGCAUAUUCACACUUCAGAAAAGCCUUUCACCUGCUCUCAGUGUGGAAAGACUUUCACUCGUAAAACAAACCUUAAGAAGCACAUGUUAAUUCAUAAUGGAGUAAAGCCUUUCACCUGCUCUCAUUGUGGAAAGAGUUUUACACAGAAAGGGCACCUUAAGAAUCAUUUGGUUACACACUCAUCAGAAAAGCCUUUUAGCUGCUCUCACUGUGGAAACACUUUCACACGUAAAACACACCUUGAGAAUCACAUGUUAAUUCAUUCUGGAAUAAAGCCUUUCAGCUGCUCUCACUGUGGAAAGUCUUUCACACGUAAAGGAUACCUUGAGACUCACAUGUUAAGUCAUGCUGGGUAAAAGCCUUUCAGCUGCUCUCAGUAUGGAUAUGUUAAUGAAGAUUUAAUCAUCACGUGAGAAUUCACACUGAAGAGAUGCCUUACCAGACAAUUCAUACAAAUUAAAAGCCUCACAUCAGUCCUGUUUGUGGCAGGAUAUUUCUACAGGUUUUAAAAGUGUGAAAAACUUGUGUGCUGUGUAGGGAUGGAUAUUGUUAAGGUUUUAAGAUAUUACUGCUCUUACUGAUACUGUUGAUCCAUUUGGUAUUUUUACUGGUUCUUUUUUUAUUUAAACAAAAAUCUGAGACCCUUUGGCUCAAUUCGCAAGAUGUGAGCUGUUUCUCUCAAAACUAUAAAACUAUGAAAUAUGUUCAAGCUCUCUGAACAAUCUUGUUCUGUUGACAUGUAACACACUGCUACAGAAAUAAAUGUACUGUAUGAAUUCAAA